CUUUCUGCUAAAACGCAAAGAUCAGAUAAUACGAGAUCGUUUUGGAAAGGGUAAAGCGUGAUUAGGGAUUAGGGAUUGGGAAAUUCUCAAACUAGGGGUAAAAUGGCGGGAGCGACCUCACCUUCUCAACCAUGCAUCUUCUGUCAAAUUGCUCGCGGUUCCACCUCCACUCCUCUCCUUCACGCUGAUGACAAGGUCGUUGCAUUUCAAGACAUCAAACCUUCUGCUUUCAGGCAUUACUUGGUGAUUCCUGUGGAGCAUAUUCCCACUGUUAGAGAUCUUCAAAGAAGAAAUGAAGACUACGCUUUGGUAAGUCAUAUGCUAAAUGUGGGGCAAACUUUGUUACGCAGAGAUGCACCUCAAUCAAAUCAAUACAGAUUUGGUUUUCAUCAGCCUCCAUUGAACAGUGUUCACCAUCUCCACCUCCACUGUUUGGCUCUUCCCUUCAUACCUAGAUGGAAACAUGUAAAAUAUUUGUCUUUGGGACCACUUGGUGGGUUUAUUGAAGCCGAGAAGUUGUUGGAGAAGAUAAAACCUCUCUCACCAAUUCCUUCAUAGGUCACAUUGUUUGAGACUAAUGGUUAAUUUGUGUCUGGUUCACAAGCGAUGCAAAGUUUAUGGGCUAAGAAGGUUCUUGUCAGCAUCUGAGAUUAGAAGUAGAAUUUCAGUAUUGGUGACAUAGCCCUGAUCCUCUGUUAAUCAUUGUGACAUUUUUUUAGCAUGGUCAUAAUAUGCUGUAUGUAAUAAAAAAAUAGAAGUUUUGCUGGUUAGUAUUGCAACCUAUGGUAAAUGUUGCUACCUGCUAGAGGGUGAGUUUUUUCUGUUUGGUGAGUAUCAGAAGUUACGGCUCUUGACAGAUUUGACAUCCAUCGAGCAAUUCUCAAACAUGAUUAUUUAAAUUCUACUAUCAUGAACACAAUAUUGAACACAAUACUUGUAAAGAACUGUUGUUCAAAAGUUUCAACUUAGUGACUGCCAUAUUUAAGGAGA